AUGCGCUUCCCCUCUCGUGUCCCGUUCUCCCGGGCACUCUCACGUCCUUUCCACCCGAGACUUCGCAAUAUGAACACCGCAGCUGCAAAUGAAGUGCUAUAUGCACUAACCGUUGGCAACGCGCCAACCAGACCUAGCCCAGAGGAUGUGUUGGAAAAGACUCACCAUACGAAAACGGGCUUUCGAAACCCUUGGGCCGGCAAAGGCAAUUCCCCCGACACCACGCCCCCAACUGUCACUGUCCGCAAACCACAAUUUCUCCCCACUCGCGACACACCCAAGCUUCGGUCCACCUGGCUGGGGCAUGCAUGCUAUUAUGUGGAAUUCCCGAGCGGCCUCCGGGUUCUGUUUGACCCAGUGUUUGAAGCGCGUUGCGGACCAUGCUGUGGCCCAUACACUUUGGGACCGAAGCGCUACACCGAACCUCCUUGCCAGAUCAAGGACCUGCCCAUCAUUGAUGCGGUAGUAAUCUCACACAACCACUAUGAUCAUUUGUCCUACCCUACAGUCUCCGAAAUCGCAAAGAGACACCCCAAUUGCCAUUUCUUUGCGCCCCUCGGCAAUAAGGCGUGGUUUGAAAGCUCGGGCAUCCACAAUGUCACAGAGUUGGAUUGGUGGGAUGAGCGUGACAUUGCAAUGUCACCCAAGGACCAAAAGGGCUCACAGGUCGAGUUAGUGGGCGAAACUCCAGGCGAUGCUGACAUCAAAGCGCGUAUCAGCUGCCUGCCCUGCCAGCAUAUCACUGCACGUGGCCCCUUCGACAAAUACAAGACCCUAUGGGCGUCCUGGGCUAUUGAGUCUGGUGGCCGCAAAGUAUACUUCACAGGUGAUUCUGGAUAUAGAUCCGUGGACGAGGUGCCCGAUGGAGAAGACGAUUAUGAUCCCAAGUACGAUUUCCCAAUCUGUCCUGCUUUCAAACAAGUUGGCGAGUUCCGCGGGCCGUUUGAUCUAGGCCUGAUUCCUAUUGGGGCGUAUGCGCCACGCCAUAUCUUCAGCGCAGCUCAUGCUGAUCCCCAUGAUGCUGUUCGAAUGUUCAAAGACACCAAGUGCAAGAAUGCAUUGGGCAUGCACUGGGGUACUUGGGUGCUGACUGAGGAAGAUGUUCUGGAGCCUCCUCGAAAACUCAAGGAGGCCUUGAAGAAACACGACAUUCCGGAGGAAGGGGUGUUUGACGUGUGCGAAAUUGGCGAGAGCCGAGAAUUUGAAUAA